UCUUUUAGAUGUAUCGCUCACAUUCUCUGUCUCCAGAUUUCGGGAAUGCAGAUGUUGCUCUUUUGUGUGCUUCCGCACUGUCAUUAUUUCCGUUUCCACUCUGUGGAAAGUUAUGUCGAUUUGCGAAGGGUAGAUUUGUACAUAGCAUUGAUUAGAAAGCAUCCCUGUGAACUUUACUCGGGUGUAAAAGUAUUUCAUCGCCGUGAUGGGCGACAUAGAGGCUCCAGAAAACAACAGAUCACAACUAUCCGGAGUUUGCGCUCUUCUUCCGAAUAAAGAGUUCGUCUCCUCCCGAAAAGGACAGCUGCUGAUCGGUGAAGUGGUACUGUCGUUCAUCAGCUUUUUGUGCUUUGCUGCAUCAACAGCAGCUGCCUUUGUCACAGCUCCCCUCAUUGAAUUCUUGGCAGCUCUUUUCCUGCUCUUUGCUUAUUCCACAAAGUUCAAUGAGAGAUUUAAAGGCUUUCACUGGCCCCUCAUGGACUUCCUGCGUUGUGUCAGUGCCUCCAUCAUCUUCUUCAUCAUCUCUAUAAUUUCUGUGUCAAAGUAUCCGGAUGGAGCCUCAAAGGCUGCUGGGGUCUUUGGCUUUAUUGCAACAAUCGUUUUUGCCCUGGAUUUUUAUUUCAUUUUUAAUGAACUGGCAAAUUUCCUCAAGGGAGGUGAUCCAAGCGAGGAACCUCGCAAUACACAUGAUGAAGACUCAGAUUCGGACUCUGAAUGAAGCUGUGAUUGUGUUCUUGAAGAUUUGGUGUGUGACCACUGAUAAAACAAAUUAAAACAGAAGCAAUUAGUGUGUUUACAGAGAAAUACACACUUUUGUAAUUGUGUAAAUCAGCACAAUCUUGCCAUCCCAUUUGAUUUUCCCACAGCUGUGAAUUAUUUUAGGCACUUCACAUGAGUCAGCCAGAACUAAAUGGUAGUAUUGUAUUGUGCCUAUGGCCUGCUUCUAACAGCUUAAGUGUACUAAUAGUAUUGUUUACAUGUGUGUUAUUGUUUUCAGAUCAGUGUGUACUUUUUAUGUACGAGCCUUUAUGUCUACACUCGGGAAAUGUUGUGUGUUUAUAUAAUAUUUAGAAAUAUGCUGGGAGAAUGUUUUAUCCCAGAAUUAUUUCUAACUUUUAAAAAGCUAUGCAUGAUCUUGACAAUGAAGCCCUGCCCUGGGGAUUGUUUUUAACGUUUUGCACCAAAAAUAAUAAACACGUUUACAUCAUUAAGAAUAUAGCAGGUGGUUGGCUGGUCACAGUCACCUGACUUUUUUCACAGGUUUACACUUUUGUGUUUAUCAUAUUGCUAAGUAAUUCCAAAAAGUCUUGCCAAAGUAUUGUAAAAAUGGCAGGAAUUAUCAUCAAUAUGCUUGUGUACUGUUUGUACAUGUCCAUUGCACUGCAUUUUGUAUUAUUUACAUAUAAGUGUGAGCUUCGGCAGAGCAUAAGGGAGUGUCACCCAGUUUACUAUAGUAUCCAUAAACCAACUUUUAGUUUUACUAUGAAGGACUGAUGGAUUGUAAGAACUGUUUUGUGACAUAAACUGACAAAUAACCACUUCAAUAAAUAUCUUUUGUGCACCAGUGA